AGCAGGGGGAUUUUCAAUGUGGUUAUUGGUCGAAAUAUUGUAGUUCUCUUUCUGUUCUUGUGAUCAACCUUCACUUUUUGAUGGAGCAUCGAACAGAAACGACUCUUCCGAUUAACUUCUUUCUCGAUCGCCGGUCAGUCGGUGUCGAACAAAUCGACCGGCUGAAAAGAUGGGUGCCUAAAGGUCUACUUGCUCUAUUUUCUCUUGACUUCAAUAUCACGCGAAAAAGGAAAUAAGUCGUCGAACUGUUUGUGUGAAGUACAAGUAGAUAAAGAUUUCGGUACAAAAAACAAGAAGCCCAGGGCCACGGUGGAAAUAAGCUCAGUAUUAGUCCGGUCAAGAUCAACAAAUGGCCCCUGCAAUUGCGGCCAUCCUCCAAUUCUAUUUACAACUCUCAGCACCACCCGGUGAAACAAUAUCAAGGAAAAGAAAACCGUUUCUGCAGCGCAGGAGCUUUUUCACGAGCAUACACCAGCAGCUGGCCUAUUGCAGCUUUGUGUGGGUCAUUUCAACAGCGAGUGUGGGUUCUUUUGUUUUGGCAGACAGCAUCCUCAGCAGUACCGGGAGCAAAAGUGGUGGUGGUGCUCCGUGGUCCCCGUCGACCAUGAACAAGAUUUUCGACAGUCAUUUGCACGUGUGGGACGCGAAUGGUCCCUACGUGAACGGAUCGCCUCCGGUGGUCGUGCGCGACGUCGCCAGCACCUCGCAGUAUCUCGCGCACGCGCGGACGGCGGGCGUGGGCAAAGCACUUCUGGUGCAGCCCGCAAACUACGGGCGCGAUCACACCUAUCUGGACGAGGCGAGGAGGGGAAAUAAAGGAAAUGCAAAUGAUCCUACCGGUCGGGGUACCAGCAGCCUGAGCGGAGAGCCAACUACGACGGCGGCAUUGGAUGUUGAAGAUGAAACUCCUACCACGACACAGCUGCUUGGUAUGUACCUGGCCACAGAUUUAUUGGGCAAGCAGUGUGCUCCAGUCGACAAACAGGUGGACGUCGUGGCCGGGCCACCCUCUAUCAACACGCCAUUGCCGAAAAAUGACGAGGAUGAUAGGAAGGCCGAAGGACAAAAUGUUGAAAACUCGCCCUCCGCUCGACAGGCCUCGUCCGCUACGCAGACCGUCGAGGCCACGAAAGUGGCGGAGCUGUGGGCAAGAGCGCGGCAGGGCUACCGGUAUCGCAAGAAAAAAGUGCUCACUGUUACACAUUCUGUUGCAGGAGCCGCAAGACAGGCAACCUUUGUCAUGCAGAAAAUGCUUGCGAGCCUCGUUUCCUACGUAUUUUCCCUUCUGAUCUUUGAAUUAACGCACAGAGAAAAUUUGUGAUGCAGAAACUCAAUACAAAUGUGUAACUGCAACACUUUUUUCUUGUGAUAGCCGGGGCGUCCGGUUCAAUCCCGCCCUGUUUCCGGGACAGACGCUGGACAACGAAUGCGCCCGCGCGCUGUACCAUGCGGCCGGGGAAGCGGGGCUGGCGGUCGGGGUCAUGGCGUUUGGCGGCAUUCUGCCCCACAUCGCCGCUUUGCGCAAGCUGCUCACCGCGUUCCCGAAGACGAAGCUCAUUCUCGACCAUUUUGGGUUUUUUCGGCAACCCGCCACCGGAGGAGUGCAGGACGACGAGGACGACGCCGCAGCACUGGCUUCGACGGCGACGGCUGCAGACCGCCUCCCCCGCUGGGCUGAGGAGCUGCUGGCAAACCACGCAGGAAAGGGAACUGGCUUGGAAGAGGAUCUCUACCGCUCCCUGUUAUGCAAUACAAAUUCAUAUUCAUCAAAUUUCCAUUCCACUGCGCGUAUAAAAUGCAUGACAAAUUUAGUUUACAACUAGAGAGUGCCAAUUGUCAUGCUGAAUGGGAUUAAAGUUAAACUUAAACUAAAGGUAAGCUCUGUUGUCAUGCAGAAACCGCAUAUAUAAUUGUACGCUUUUAACGGGAAAAUUUACUGUGGAUACCUGUCCCCGAAAAACGACGAAGCUGCGUUCGAGGCCGUUUAUCACACAGAAAAGCAAAAGCACAAUAACCACUUCGCAUACCAAAAGGAGCAUAGGUAUGUGUUGCCAAAUUGGCAUCACUGAAAAAUCUGCAAUGCGUACUACGCAAACCCGACACACGAAAGAGGAAAUCCGAAAGACGGACGAAGAGAAUAAAACGAUACCGAUACAGAUGCAGAUGAGAGACGAAGACGAGAAGCCGAGACAUGAGAGACUUAAAACAGAGAGCACGCGAGACACAGGAAGAUACAAAACACAUAGACGAGAAAACGAGAGACGAAAGGACGAGAGCAGAGAGGACGACCACAAGAGCAAGAGGGGGCGAGGCUCUCUGGUAUGCAGAAGCAGAAUCAUGCAAUUUGUAAUGCAUUCAUCACUCUAGCGAUUGUAGUUGCACAGGUAGAGGUACCGAAAAACUUUGUCAUGCUGAACAGCAAAGAGCAUCGCAAGAACCCGCAAAAAAUGCAGAGUCGUUUCGUGUUUCCUGGUACUGACGAUGUUGUGCUUUUCCACUGUAAACUGCACUCAACCUGGUCCGCGACUUUCCCGCGUCCGUUUUUGUCAAGCUGAGCGCCUUCUUCCGGGUAAGCAAGUUUCCCUUUCCGCACAUCGACGUGCGGCCGCGCGUGUUGGCGCUGCUGCAAGCCGCGGGGGGCGGGCACCGGCUUCUCUGGGGGUCGGAUUUCCCCUACGUGCUGUCCGGUGGCCACGACCAAUAUGAACUGAAAAUAUUUGUUGCUGUCCUCGCGGUCUGCAAGGCCAAGGUUGAAAGGUUUCUCAUGCUGUACCGGCAUGAUCGGCAGCUCUGUCAUGCUGAUGCAUGCGGCCUUCGACAAAGUACAUCGCUGUUUUGUCAUGAUAUAAUAUACGGGCAAGUAAAAUUAUUUUCAAUGCGCACGACGGCUCACCUACAUUGAAAAGCUAUCAUGCUCGGCCAUGCAGACGCAGAGUGCUCCUGAUUCACAAAUUCGCGUCCCUCCCUUUCAGACCCAGACUACAGGUUUUCAGUUGAUAAUCCAACGGCUUUAGCAACACAGUACCCAGAAGCCGUGCGCAUUUUUCACUACUGGAAUGAGUAUCCGAUGCAAAAACGUAGUCGCGUCAGAUUUGUCAUGCGUAUUCGUACACCCAGAGGAGCAUCGUUUCCGUUCUCACGACAACUCUCCGCAUGGGAGGCGCUUUCAUAUUAGUCGCGCACGGAAAUAAUUAGUCACGCACGAAUCAGGAUAAGAGAUUGAUUUUGUGGUGCAGCUCGGCGAGUUGCUAGGCACGACUGCGCGGCCGCAUGGCGAAACCCGUCUUCACGCGCGAGCCCUCAAUGUUCUGGAAUUUUCUUCCGAACUUCCAAUCGUGACCUGAGUGCCUAUGCGUUUUUGCUUGGGAUGAUGCGAACGCAGAAACCAGUCCGGAUUUGAUGAUUUCCGAGGGCGACCUGGCCUGGAUACAGUGGAAAACAGCCGAGUCCCUGUCUAUCACAGGAGGUUCCUCAAGUAGUUUUACAGUCUGAGUAUAUAAAUAUCUUGUCGUAUCAUGACGAUCGAUCAUUGCACGGCGAGUCCUCGAAAGAAACAUCAUGUACGAUGAAAGUCGUACAUUCAAGAGCCCUACUAUCCAAUAUCACAUUGAUCCAUAAGCCAAUCGUCUUCACAGGGGUAGGAAGACGGAUACGCAUGACAAGUUUACUAGAAGUUGAAAUUCAAAACUGGAUUUAAUUGCCUUAUUGCGACACUUGUCGAUGCGAAUAGAUACCAUGCAUCAAGCGCGGAUUCUCUACAAGAAAAGACACAACUCAGACUGUGCAAUGAUUUGAGAAGGCAAUAUUAGUUUCUGUUACACAGCAUCCCACCUCCUCAACAGAGCAGGACCAAGAAAGUGAACCAGAGGGGGCGCUGCGCACUAUGGCCAUUCUCGAACGUUACAGAUACAGUGGUUGCUGUUACAGGAUUUUUGCUUGAUUUGUGAUGGGAAAUCGCAAAUGCAAGAGAAAGAAGUGUGUGCUUCUUGCAUCACGUAAGGUUUCCAAGGGAUUGUCAUUGUAGUGUAAGCUUGUUUUGCGAGGACCCAUGAUCAGCUGCUGGCUCGACGCAUGACAGCUACUUGCGUCGACGCGUUCUUCACAUGAUCGUUAUGCAGCAUUAAGGUGACACGGGUCCUGCACGAUAAACUAUCAGCAAGAAGCCAGCUGCCAUCCACAGCGAUCAGUGCAACGUUAGAGAACGCUAUAGCCACGGCAGCCGAGCUGUAGCCGGGACGGCUGGUCCUCUUGAGACGCAGGAGCCGACAAUCGUAGAUAAAAUGGGAGCUACACCACGACGGGUGGCACGGGCACGGCGGUGGGAAAAAUCGUCAAAAUGUCAAGCUUAGUUUUCUCGCAUUGCGUCAAACAUCAUUCACAAAUUGCGCGCCUACUGGCACAAGGCGGUCGGAGGCUGAUUUUUUUGCAAUCUUUGCAGCUUUUUCACCGAACUACAAGAAAGUUGGACUUGAAUUGAUUACUCACAGUCCGAACGAUUGAGGCUGGUGUUCGUCGUGUAGUCAGG